GAUCUGGUGUACCGAUGACUUCGAGAGCCUGAUGCUCACGUGUAAGACCGCCUACUUGAGUAGUACCGAUCUGAUCGCGCAGCACAACGAGCACAGGCGUCUUUUUCGCCACAUCAAGAUUCGUGCGCCCUACACAGACACUGCAUAUCUGAUUCAGACUCUGGUGGAUUACACCCUCGGUAUUGCUGCGCAUCCGGAGAUUGCGCGAUACGCACGCACCUUGACAGUCGCGCAGGACGGUGAACAAAAAUCCCUGGAACUCGACGAAAUCGGCGACAACAGAGAUGCGCCGCGGUACACAAAUGCAGGGCUCGAAUGGAUACGCAAACAGGACUCGGGGCGAACGAGAAGCGCUGGAGCAGGGCUAUUGUUUGAGGCCGUCGUGGACUCGCCAUGGUUCCGGGCCGCUGGUGUAGACACGACAGCUUGGUUCGGCAGGGUUCGGCAGUUCAAGAGUCUUGUCGGCAUCGACGACGGAAGCCAAAGCCAACGCGACUACUCGAUGAGCGACGAUGCUUCCUGGGAGGAGAGAGAUAUGAUGAAAGCAGAGAUGGAAGUUGCCGUCAUGCAACUCGUCGUGCUGCUGUUCACCCAGCUGGACAAGCUCCAGACGCUCAUUCUUCGCCGGAAAGCUGAUUUGUCUGCGGACCCGGGCAUUGCCAGCGAUCAACUGCGAGACUCUCAAAGAGUCCUUGAACUUAUGGUGGCGCGUAUCGAAGACGACGACAUAUCUCGCACAAUGGGUUCUCAUAAGCUAGCUGAAGCUGGCCACAUCACUGAGGAUGUCACUACCAGUCACACAAAGGCGUCUGUGCUCGCACUUCGCGCCUGCGGCCACCUCACCUCACCACUGAACAAUCUCCGCGAAGUCCGCACCGAUAUUGAGAAGAGGCCGGAAAACUUCAUGGCCACGAGAGCCCUUGAUGCGGUCUUUGCCUCAUCACGCGUGCGAAAUGUGUUUGCCACAUGCCUGAUCGCGGACGAAGAGGAGCCAGCGGGUGAAUAUCAUGGCCCGUCGCCAUCGUCUGCUUUGCUCAAGUCAGUCCAGCCGUACAGCGGAAUCGAGCGCCUCGAACUGUAUGGUUCAGCACUCGGUCCCGCAGGAAUAGCUGGACUUGUCCAUCGCAUGCCUUUCCUCAAGGUCCUGAGAUGCAUGCAUGAACCCAAGACUACCGGCUUUUAUGGGUCAGCCGCGGCGGGGAGCGAGUGGGAUCUUGAUGGGUUCCUCAAGGCGGUGGCCACUGCUCGCCCCGUCAUGCCUUAUGCCUCCCCCGUCCCGCAGACUCUUGGCGACAGCAUUACUGACCUGGGAAUUGCCCUGCCGCUCGAGAAUUACCCAUACACCACGGCCGUGUGGUCAUUGCAUAACUUUACGGCACUCAAGAGGCUCGAGGUCGGAGCAUGGGUCUUUAUCGGUCCAAACCCAGCCUCCGGCGAACGGCUGGGACAUUUGAAACCUUCACCGCCACGACCUGGAUUUGAAAAAUGGGAUCGCAAAAAGGAUGGCCAAAUCCCCAAGCUGGUGGACGUGCUUCCACCCAGUAUCGAAGAGGUCUUUAUUGAGCUUGAGGGUCAUUGCGACAUCUGGCGAAGAUUGUUUCAGGGUUUCGCUGCGGAAAGGGCAGAGAAGCUACCCUCUCUCAAGCGCUGUGCCGUAUGGGGAGAUUUAGAGAAUUUUGACUACCGUACCGACACACAGGAGGGAUAUAACCUGCGGGAAACUGCUGCCAUCGCCGAGCUCGAAGGUCAGGGGGUAGAGUACAUGAAAGAUGGACCUCAUCAGCACUUUUGGAUCACAGAGUUUGAAAAUAGAGCGAUCGAGGACCCGCUGUCUCAUUGAUCCCUUUCGAUCAGAGUUGCAAUCAAGAUCUUAUUCUAGGGGUAGGAAAGAACAACAAAGACAGUCUACAAUUAGUAGGGUUCGAAAAAGUGUCUAGCAAAAUUACUGGCCAGGAGCAAGCGGGGAGACCCCAGCUCUGAGCAAAACAAAUAUCACCAUCGUCGGGAGUUCACCCUUUACUGGUCCUGGC